UUACAUUCAGAAACUACAGGAACAGGUAUGACAGAACAAAGAUGCCUUACUGCAACCACAAAAAAGUGGACGAAUCGCGUGACUCGAGCAGGCUACUAGUCCAUCCCGCUACAGGUUCACCGUUUCAAUUCGCUAUUGUUGCAAAUAUCGAUUAUCCAACAGUUGUGUGUGUACUGUACAAAAUUAUAGUUAGCAAACCGCGCACGCGUUAUUCAGUGACUAUUACUCGAUGCAUGCGUUUCGUGUGGCCACAUCUGCGCUCAAUCGCGUCCGUGCACUUGCGAGGUAAACAUGAAGAGUCCGCCGCAGGAUCAUCUGAUCACUCCGUACUUCAGCUACGCGGACGACACAGAAUACAGCAUACAGCCAAUUCGUUGGCUGUUGAGGCCAAUAAGCGUCUGGCCGGUCUCAUCGAUUAAGGAGAGGAUCCUGUCAGCGGUGUUGCUGAUAGUGUGCGUCUUUCUGAUCGCCGGCACCCUGGUACCCUGCGCGCUGGCCAUCUUCCUGGACCAGAACAAGGACGUGGAGACGAAAGUGCGCGACUUCGGUCCGCUCAGCAACUGGGUGCUGGCGAGUCUCAAGUAUUGCUCGUUGCUGUCGCACGUCGGUGACAUACGUCGGUGCCUCGAGCAUGUCGACGCGGAUUGGCGGGCCGUGACGAAACACGAAGAUCGCGAGAUGAUGCUGAGGAACGCCAAGAUCGGUCGCUUCAUCGCGUUAUUCGCUGCGUUAUUCAUGCACAGCGGAGUAUUCUCGUACAGCAUCUUCCAGGCGAUGACGAUGAACGAGUCCGUUCUCGGUGACAAUGCGUCGAUGCACUCAUUGCCUUUCGCGUUCUAUGACAAGAUCCUGGACACCACGACUAGCCCGACGUACGAGAUAGUGUUCAUCAUGCAAUUCCUGUCCACGUUCGUCGUGAAUUCCGUGGCUGUGAGCACGGUCAGUUUGAUUGCUGUUUUUGUGAUGCACGCCUGUGGCCAGAUAAAAAUUCUGAUAUCCUUGCUGGAAAACUUCGUCGACGAGACGAGCGAGAAGUGGGAAAAUUCUACGCAAGGAAAGUACGCUGUUAUCGUUGAACACCACUUGCGGGUGCUCAGCUUCGUGUCUUACAUAGACAAAAUUACGAAUAUAAUUUGUCUCGUAGAAGUAAUGGGGUGUACACUGCAUAUGUGUCUUUUAGGCUAUUAUUGCAUAAUGGACUGGACCCAAGGCGAUAAAGAAAGCAUAGUGUCAUAUGUUAUAAUAUUAAUCUCAGUUACUUUCAAUAUCUUUAUAUUUUGUUACAUCGGAGAGAUUCUUUCAGAGCAGUGCGGCCAAAUCGGUGACACCGCCUAUAUGACAAACUGGUAUCUAUUACGCAGAAAUAAUGCCGUCGGCUUUGUAUUGAUAAUUUUAAAAUCUAACGUCGUGGUCAAAAUUACUGCUGGAAAAAUGAUUGAACUUUCUCUCUCGACUUUUGGUGACGUAAUUAAAUCUGCGGUAGCGUAUUUAAACAUAUUUCGUACCCUUGUUACAUAAAUACUUAUAAUUUUCUAUAUUUCAUAUUAAAUAACAUAUUAAAUUUUAUGCAGAUUA